AUGUUGAAGGCGGGAAAAUCGGCCCGUAGAGCCAUUCUGCCCCAAAUUGCCCAUCCGGCACUGCCCUUCCGCUGCCUGUCGCCCAGGGCUGUUCGCAAGGCCCGCAACCGCCUGCAACAUGCAGGUAUUCUCGCUAACUGGUUCCAUGAGGGAGCCGAAUACGGGAACUACGCACAGCCGCAGCCCGAAGCUAAAAGCUGCAAGCAAACGAUUUGGUUUCUACAGUACCACUCAAUGAGCAUUUUUGCGCAAGCAAAAAAUCUGACACUUGUCUCUUCAGACGAGCUGGAGAACCGCCAGCAGCAGCCUGAGCUGCUCCAUCUUGUCAACGGAUACCGUCGUUAUGGACACUUGAGCUCGAACCUGGAUCCCCUCGGCAUCAAAAAGGCAGAGCUUAUUGAGGAAUUAUCAGCUGGGCUGUAUGGCUUGACUGAAGAAUCGAAGAUGUACAAUGUUGAGGGUAUUAUUGCACCGUCGUCUGGGCUGUCAAGACGCGCCGAUCUGUCAGCAAUUAUUGAGGCACUGCAAAGGACGUAUUGCCGGAACAUCUCGUAUGAGUUUGAGCAUAUCACGAGCCCGGCUGUCAGGCAGUGGUUUGCAGGAUACGUCGAGUCGCUCGACACAGCGGACAUUUCCCUAAGGCGUGAGAGAUUCUUUGAGCACAUGACAAAGGCCGAGCUGUUUGAACAGUUCCUCCAGAAGAAGCUCCCCAACGUCAAACGCUACGGACUCGAGGGAAGCGAAGCCAUGACAGUUGUUCUGGACCAGCUUAUCUUUGAGGGAUCGUGUGCCGGCAUGACUGAUGCAGUGGUCGGGCUCACGCACCGCGGCCGAAUGACGCUGUUGGCGACUGUAUUUGGCUACAGCGAGGCCGAGAUAGUCCACAAGCUGCGUGGCGGUAGCGAAUUCCCCAUUGGAUCACUACACACGGGGGAUAUCAUGGCGGACUUGGGAAAACCUGUUGUUUUGACCUACCCAGAGAGCUCCACCCCUGUGAAUGUCGACAUCGUGCGCAAUGGAUGCCAUCUCAACUCGUCAAUGCCCGUUGCUGUAGGCAAGAGCCGCACCAAGGAUGUCAACAUUGCAAAGACCCGCAGGUCUGACAGAUAUAUGGUUGGUGACCAUGUUCUGGCAAUAACAGUUCAUGGCGAUGCGAGCUUUGAAGCACAGGGAAUUGUUGCAGAAACUCUGGGCAUGUCUGGUCUUGCACAUUUCACGAAUGGUGGCACAAUCCACAUUGUCCUCAACAAUCAGGUUGGGUACACAACUCCGGUUUCACAUGGGCGGUCCACACGGUACGCGUCUGAUAUCGCCAAGUUUGCGGACAUUCCCAUCAUACACUGUGAAUGGCGAGCACCCAGAGACGGAAUUGGUACUCCAGGUAGAUGCGGACAAUAUACUAACGAGGUUGCCCGUGCAGCUCGCAUUGCCUUUGCAUAUAGGAGCAAGUUCAGAAAGGAUGUUGUCAUUGAUAUGUGGACAUUCCGCACCCGUGGCCACAACGAAAUGGACGAGCCCACAUUUACUCAGCCGGCCAUUCGAUUCCAGCCCAGUUUGAGGAAAAGACUGAUUAACGACGGCGUACUGACAAGCGACUAUGCCAGCACCUUCCGCAAGUCAUAUAUCAAUACGCUCAGUAUGGCAUUUGCCCAGUCGCUCAACUGCAAUCCAACCGAGGCGCCAAAGUCGCCAAGAUGGAGAAUGCUGAGUCCGCUGCGCAGCAUCCCCGUUGAGAAGCCAACCGGUGUUGAUAUCGGUACGCUAAAGGAGGUUGGUCUGCAGUCAGUUACUCCAGCCAAGGGGUGCAAGGUGCAUCCGCGCAUCGAGCGCUUCCACAUCAAGCCGCGCGUGAAGAGGCUGAAUGAGGACCAGCCGGUCGACUGGGCCACUGCCGAGGCGAUGGCAUUCGGUACGCUACUCAAGGAGGGGUACCAUGUGCGACUUAGUGGACAGGAUGUCGGUCGCGGUACGUUCAGCCAGCGACAUGCAAUGCUCGUGUGUCAGGACACUGAGCAGGUCAGCGUGCCCUUGAAUCUCCUGCCCGGCAAGGAUGCAGGAAAGAUCGAGGUUGUCAACUCGAAUCUGUGCGAGGAAGCGGCGCUCGCAUUCGAGUAUGGCGUGUCAGUCGAGGAUCCGUUCACUCUGGCAAUCUGGGAAGCCCAGUUCGGUGACUUCUUGCAACAACGCGCAAACCUCAGAUUGACAGGCUAUGUGACCGCAGGCGAGACCAAGUGGGGCCAGCAGAAUGGCCUAGUAGGUAUUGUUGCCGCAUGGCUUCGAUGGCGGAGGUCCCGACCACAGUUCCUGCCGGCUCGAGCGCCACCUUGUUGCUGUCAAACGACCCUGUUGACGGUGAACCCAGGCCAAGCGAUGCCCUAA